AAAAAUAGGAAAUUAGGUUAAAAGUUUCUGUCACAUUUGUCAAAGAAAAGUCACUUUACAAUCCAAUACUUUCUGUAAAUGACGGAAACCUACUAUUUUAUUUGUUUUCUAGUUGAGAUUUUUACCCAAAAAUCAGGAUGAAAGUUUUUUUUGUCUAUAUUUCUUAGGCUCAAAUUAAGUUCUCCCUUAGACAAAAUGAUUAUUCUUGACAGUCUGUCAGUUCCCGUACAAAAUGUAGCACACAUAACAUGUGAGAAGUACAGCACACAUACAACUGUGCCAUGCGAGUGUUCUCUUGGAUUUAAAACAAAGCUUUAAAUCCUUAUCCUAAGUCAAUUAAGUCAAGCCUAAGUAACAGUUAAAGUUCCUACAUAUACUGCCUGAAGUCACAAUUGGAAAAAUCUCCUGGCGUGAGAAGAUCUGAAAUUAAAUCUGAAUAUCCUAUUGACGUUUUCCAAUUUUGCUUACAAAGUAAACUGACCCAGAUAUAAAAAUGAGAAGAAAUUCUCCAAUGGAGCUCCCAGAGGACUUCUGGAUCCCAGUUCCUUUGGACACCAACAACAUCUCUUUAUUCAGCCCAUACCUGGUUCCCCAAGAUCAUCUAGGGAGCAAGGCCGUUUUUUAUUCCAUGUCAGCAUUUAUGCUCUUUUUAUUUGUCGCUGGCACAUUAAUCAAUAUUGCCACUAUUGCAUGCACAGUUAAAUACAAGAAGCUUCGAUCUCACCUGAACUACAUUCUGGUAAACCUGGCUGUGGCAAACCUUCUUGUCUCAUGCGUGGGCUCCUUUACUUGCUUUUACUGCUUUGCCUUCCGAUACAUGAUUCUCGGACCACUUGGGUGCAAGAUUGAAGGAUUUACUGCAACUAUUGGCGGUAUGGUUAGCCUGUGGUCUCUGGCAGUGGUGGCUUUUGAAAGGUGGCUGGUUGUGUGCAAACCUUUGGGAAACUUUGCCUUCAGACCUAAUCAUGCAAUCGCUUGCUGUGCAGCAACUUGGGUUUUUGCUUUGAUGGCUGCUCUUCCUCCACUGUUUGGGUGGAGUCGGUAUAUCCCUGAAGGAAUGCAGUGCUCUUGUGGUCCAGAUUGGUACACGUCCGACAACAAGUUUAACAAUGAGUCCUACGUGAUGUUCCUCUUCUGCUUCUGCUUUGCAGUACCAUUCUCCACUAUUGUUUUCUGCUACUCACAGCUUCUUUUUGUGCUGAAAUCAGCCGCAAGGGCCCAGGCUGAAUCGGCUUCUACCCAGAAAGCGGAGAGAGAGGUGACGAAGAUGGUUGUCGUCAUGGUAAUGGGCUUUCUGGUGUGCUGGUUGCCGUAUGCCUCUUUUGCCGUUUGGGUCGUCAACAACCGCGGGCAACCUUUUGACCUGAGGCUCGCCACUAUACCCUCCUGUCUUUCUAAAGCCUCAACUGUCUACAAUCCAUUUAUCUACAUAUUUCUCAACAAACAGUUUCGCUCAUGCAUGAAGAUGAUGCUGGGGCUGAGUGGAGCCGAUGACGAUGAAUCAUCAAGUCAAUCAACCACUGAAGUCUCGAAAGUUGGUCCUGCUUAACUGUAUUAGGGUAAAUGGAGAUUGCUUGCAUAAUAUCAAUAAAUUGAUUGACUCGUAAAAGAAAAGAAAACCGAAAAGGACUAAAUUAUGUGUAUUGUAUAAAGCAUUGUCGAUUUAGG